UCCUCCCACCCCACUCGCACCACUCAAGCUGGAGGCUGAGACGAUGCCGCUGGAGAGGUGACCACCGCCGGCUCGUGAGCCUCAUUCCCUCGGACUAUGGAAAACGAGCUUGCUGGUAUUUAGCGGCUGGCUCUCUCCUCCGGGAACAACUGGUGUUCUUGUGAGCGGCGGCAGCGGUGGUGGUGGUGGUGACGCUGCUGAAUAGAAGCGCUUAGUGAGAGCCUUCAGAGGAGGGGGAGGGGACCGCGCCGCGCAGCAGUAAGAGGAUAAAGAAAGAGCGAAAGGAGAAAUCGAGCUAUUUUUAAUCGGGACUAAGGUUUCGCUGACACCAUGAGCAGCGGACCGGAUGAGAGCUCUGUGCGGGUGGCUCUGAGGAUCCGUCCUCAGCUGGCCAAAGAAAAGAUCGAGGGUUGCCACAUCUGCACGUACGUGAUGCCUGGAGAGCCUCAGGUGGUGCUUGGUAAGGACAAGGCCUUCACCUUUGACUUUGUCUUCGACAUGGACACUCAGCAGGACUCCAUCUACACCCACUGCACCGAGAGGCUCAUCGAGGGCUGCUUUGAGGGCUACAACGCCACCAUCUUUGCAUACGGGCAGACAGGUUCAGGGAAGACUUACACUAUGGGAACCGGCUUUGACGUCAACAUCGGGGAGGAAGAGCUGGGAAUCAUUCCUCGAGCUGUCAACCACCUGUUCAGAGGGAUCGAGGAGCGUAGGCAGGCCGCUACCGAGCAGGGCAGGCCCAUUCCUGAGUUCAAGAUCAACGCACAGUUUCUGGAGCUGUACAAUGAGGAGGUGUUGGACUUGUUUGACACGACUCGGGACCUGGAGGCCAGGAGGCAGAAGUCAAACAUCAAAAUCCACGAGGAUGCCAAUGGGGGCAUCUACACGGUGGGGGUCACCACCCGCACCGUCAGCUCUGCUGUUGAGAUGAUGCAAUGUCUGAAGCUCGGCGCUCUGUCUCGCACCACAGCCAGCACUCAAAUGAACGUCCAGAGUUCACGCUCGCACGCCAUUUUCACCAUCCACCUCUGCCAAGUCCGAGUCUGCUCCGCUGAUAACAACGAUAAUAUGACGGAUAACCGCCUGGUGGCUGAUUCAGAGAUUAAUGAGUUUGAGACGUUGACGGCUAAGUUCCACUUUGUGGACCUGGCUGGUUCUGAACGACUGAAGAGAACAGGAGCUACAGGAGACCGAGCUAAAGAGGGCAUCUCCAUCAACUGUGGACUGCUGGCCCUGGGAAAUGUCAUCAGUGCCCUGGGGGACAGGAGUAAGCGCUCCACACACGUGCCCUACAGGGACUCCAAACUCACCCGGCUGUUACAGGACUCGCUGGGUGGCAACAGUCAAACCAUGAUGAUCGCCUGCAUCAGCCCGUCGGACCGGGACUUCAUGGAGACCCUGAACACCCUGAAGUAUGCCAACCGGGCCCGAAACAUCAAGAACAAGGUGAUGGUGAACCAGGACAGAGCCAGUCAGCAGAUCAGCGCCCUGAGGACGGAGAUAGCUCGGCUGCAGAUGGAGCUGAUGGAGUACAGGACGGGCAAACGCGUGGUUGGUGAAGAUGGCGUAGAGGGCAUCAACGACCUGGUCCAUGAGAACUCGAUGUUACAGACUGAGAACAACAACCUGAGGGUGAGGGUGAAGGCCAUGCAGGAGACCAUCGAUGCCCAGAGGAGCAGACUGACGCAGGUCCUCAGUGACCAGGCCAACCAGGCUCUAGCUAAAGCUGGUGAAAGCGGUGAAGAGAUUGGGAACAUGAUUCAGAACUACAUCAAAGAAAUCGAAGAGCUCAGAGCUAAGCUUUUUGAGAGCGAGGCUGUGAAUGAGAACUUGAGGAAGAACCUGUCCCGGGCCUCUACUCGCUCCUCGCUGUACGGUGGCCCCGCCUCCUCAGCCAUUUUCACUCCUGAGAAGGAGGCCAGCGACGUCAUCGAGAUGGCCAAGAAAAACCUGGAGAAGCUCAAGAGGAUGGAGAAGAAGAAGAAGAGGAGACUGAGGCGAUUUGAGGAGGAUCAGGACCACAGUGCUGAGCCCUGCAGUGUAAUCAAAGAGGAAGUCCCCGACAACGAUCAGGAACGAGGCAGCGAGGAGGCCGAAGGGGAGGGCAGCGGCCACGAAGAUGCUGAAGAUGCAGACGGAGAAGAUGAGGACUUUGACCUGGAAGCAGAAGAUACAUCUGACGAGUCAGACUCAGAAGAACUGGAUGAGAAAGAGAACGUCCAGGCCGACCUGGCCAACAUCACCUGUGAGAUCGCCAUCAAGCAAAAGCUGAUCGACGAGCUGGAGAACAGCCAGCGGCGCCUUCACACGCUCAAACAGCAGUACGAGCAGAAGUUGAUGAUGCUGCAGAACAAGAUCAGAGACACGCAGCUGGAGAGGGACAAAGUUCUGCACAAUAUGGGGUCAGUGGGGUCAGGUACAGAAGAGAAGGCCAAGAAGAUCAAGGUGGAGUAUGAGAAAAAACUGAACUCCAUGAAUAAAGAGUUGCUGAAGCUUCAGUCGGCUCAGAAGGAGCACGCUCGCCUCCUGAAGAACCAAUCGCAGUAUGAGAAACAGCUCAAGAAACUCCAGCAGGAUGUGACAGAGAUGAAGAAGACCAAAGUGGCACUCAUGCGUCAGAUGAAGGAUCAACAGGAGAGGAACAGAAUCUCUGAGAGCAGGAGGAACAGAGAGAUCGCCUCUCUGAAGAAGGAACAACGCAGAGCAGAGCACCAACUCCGGCAACUGGAGGCCCACAAGAGACAACAGGAGCUGAUCCUUCGCAGAAAGAACGAAGAAGUGACGGCUCUGAGGCGACAGGUGAGGCCCACGUCUGGGAAGGUGAGCAGGAAGGUGAGCUCACCUGAUCCUGCACAGGAACCCUCACAAAGAGGAAACCCUGUUAGGAUGAUGUCAUCAGGUCCGAGUGCUUCCAAUGGAACCAGGAGUUCCCUACAGAUAAGAAGUGUGUACCACACCAGGACAGCUCGGGCUAAAUGGCAGUCAUUAGAGAGGCGUGUCAGUGACAUCAUCAUGCAGAGGAUGACCAUCACCAACAUGGAGACAGACAUGAACAGACUGCUGAAGCAACGAGAGGAGCUGACCAGACGGAAGGAGCGCUUGUCCAGGAAGAGAGAGAAGAUGGCGGUGGACGGCAUGGACACCGACCGAUCUCUAGUGUCACUGAACGAGGAGCUGGAGUCUCUGAGCGCCAACAUCGACUACAUCAAUGACAGCAUCGCCGAGUGCCAGGCCAACAUCAUGCAGAUGGAGGAGGCAAAGGAGGAAGGAGACACGGUGGACGUUACUGCUGUCAUCAGCUCUUGUAACUUAUCAGAAGCGCGUUUCCUUCUGGACAGUUUCAUGACCAUGGCCAUCAGUAAGGGUCUGCAAGCGGCUCAGAAAGAUUCCCAGCUGAAGGUGAUGGAGGGCCAGUUGAAGCAGACAGAGAUUAACAACGCUACCCAGAACCAGCUGCUCUUCCACAUGCUGAAGGAGAAGGCUGAGAUCAACCCAGAGCUGGACGCCCUGCUGGGCAGCGCCCUGCAAGAGUUAGGGUACCUGACAGCAGAAAACGGAGAAGACAGCAGUAGUGAUGAGUCUACCCCGAGUCCAGCUACCGAUGGCAGUGCUCUGUCGUCAGAUUUAAUGAAGUUAUGUGGUGAAUCCAAAACCAAAAGCAAGGCUCGAAGGCGGACCACCACCCAGAUGGAGCUGCUUUAUGCCAGCAGUGGGGAUUUGUCCUGCGACUCCCCCAUCGGAGACUUCCCAGCACCUCUGCUGCCACUCAGCGAGCGCCCGGAAGGGCCGGCAGACACGCAGGGUCAGUCAGCUGACCGGGAGCAAACUGCCUCCCCAUCUGCACUGUCUGCCCGGCCAGCUGGGAUGUCUGGAUCCAGGUCACCUACAGGCAUAGAGAGGAAACCGCUGGAACACUCUCCACUCAACCGCAGGAGGAUGCAAGAGAGAGGACCCACAGCAUCUCAGAUCCCAGCACCAGCACAGACCCUCCUAGUAGGAACACCAGAAACCAAAACCAAAGGCUCCGACUACAAAUCGCUGUUGGAGGAAUCACCUGUUUUUGAAGGACACAGAGGUGUGAUCAAUCCUGUAGCAGCCACUAGGAACAAUCGGGGAGCCAGAAUUCAGUGUGUCCACGUAGCAGAAGGACACACCAAACCAGUUCUCUGUGUAGACGCCACAGAUGACCUGCUUUUUACUGGUUCUAAAGAUCGUACAUGUAAGGUGUGGAACUUGGUGACGGGACAGGAGAUUAUGUCUCUGGCUGAUCAUCCGAGCAGCGUCGUCUCAGUCAGAUAUACGUCCAGUCUUGUUUUCACUGUUUCCACUUCAUACAUCAAAGUCUGGGACAUACGAGACUCUGCCAAGUGUAUACGCACGCUCACAUCAUCCGGUCAAGUAGGCUCGGGGGACACGUGUUCCUCUUCCAGGAGUUUGUCCAUCCUCCCAGGAGAGAGCCAAAUCAACCAGAUUGCCCUCAACACCUCAGGAUCCUUCUUGUAUGCUGCUGCUGGCAAUGCUGUACGGAUGUGGGACCUCCGCAAGUUUGUGUCCACUGGGAAGCUGAUUGGCCAUUUGGGACCUGUCUUGUGUCUAAGUGUUGAAAAGUUGGACCACGGACAGGAUGCGGUGCUCACUGGCUCCAAAGACCAUCACAUUAAAAUGUUUGAGGUGGCAGAAGGUGCUCAGGGCAGCGUCAGCUCCUGCCACACAUUUGAUCCCACACACCAGGACAGUGUGGAGUCUCUGACGGUGCAUGGAGAAGUUCUCUAUAGCAGCUCCAGGGAUUAUUGUAUUAAGAAGUGGGACAUGGCCAGUAAAAAGCUUUUACAGUCGGUCCAUGUCCAAACAGACUGGGUUAGUGCUCUGGGAGUAGUGCCAGGCUCCCCGGUGCUCCUCAGUGGGUGCAGAGGAGGUCUGCUUUGCCUUUGGCAUGUCGAUUCACUUGCACCCCUCGGAGAGGUCCAAGGUCACGACAGUCCCAUUAAUGGACUGACCACCAACAGCACCCAACUGUUCACUGCCUCUGAUGAUCGGACAGUGAAAGUUUGGGAAGCCAAGAGUCCUCCGGAGGAUGGGAUUCAGUAGAAAUGCUGCUAACACAGCUGCAGAUGAAGACUUGAUCAGACAUCCCAAAGAUGGUCUGCAUGGUACGAUGGAGGAUUAAGCAGAAACUGAUCCUUCGACGGUGCUUCACAGGGAUGUGUGUCGAGUCCAUCCCAUUGUAUGGGGCCAGUAUUUCCAGAUGUUUUAGGAUGCUGUAAAAUGUAUUGACCCUCUGAAGUCUUAUAGGCUCGGGGACUGCUAGGCAUUGAACCUGAGAUAAAGCAAAAAUAACACAUGGAUUUAUUGAUCCCAUUGCUAUUUUAUUCAAACAUUGUUGCACCAAUCUAGAGCAAGACAACAAAAAUUGACCUAUGCUAAAGAUAAAGCUGCUGCAGAAAGAGGAGAAAAAUCUGGGUUGAAAAGCUAAAUGUGUUGAAGGUUUCUGAGACUAGACAUGAAGAUUAUUUGCUCCAACCUCAGCAACAACUGUGAGUUUAUCCUGUGUUGAUGUAAGACUGACUAAAGUCUUUACUGUAUAUGUGUGUGUGUGUGUGUGUGUGUGUGUGUGUGUGUGUGUGUGUGUGUGUGUGUGUGUGUGUGUGUUUGCGCACGCGCUUGUGUGUUUUCUCAAUAAAGGACCAAACAACUUCUGAAACUUUCACAACUGCCAAACAUUUCAGACGAGCAAACAGCAAAUCACAUAUCUUGUGCUGGUUUUGUGCAUUUUCUUUUCUCACUUUUCUUGUACUUUUUGUCAAGUUUCCUGCGUUACACGAGCAGCUAACCGUAUUAAGUUUGAACAAUGAUAACCCUGAGAAGUAGAGCUCUAAUUACAUAAAAAAGAUCCAGGUGGGAAAACAAGCUUUCUUAAAGGCUCUUAAACUAACCCAUUGAACUGUUUUGUAAAUGUGAGCUAACAAAUGUAAAAGACAGUUUAUUUAAAGGCUGCUCAGCUGUUUCUGCAGCAUGUGAACUCGCAAACCUUUGAAGGAUUAAGAGGAUCAUUCUGCAUUCCUGCAUAGCUAGUUUAGUUAGCGGUUAGCAUGCUCGGUACGCCCCUUUAAAACGUAUUCAUGUUUAUUCACAUUACCAGUGAAUUAUAUGUUUUCUCUUAUGCAUUUAGGGCUGUCGCUAAAUUAAGAAAAUUAUAAAACUUGAUAAACGUGCUAACUAGCUUUAACUGGCUAGCCUGCAGCACCUGCAGUUCUGUUUUAAUCUCCAAACGAUCUUUUUGGUUAUGCAUGUUGUGUUUUUUUUUUGGGGUGGGGGUAGUUUGUUUAUCAUUAAUAUUAAAUGAGAUAAAACGUAUUUCAUUGAUCCACGGUUGGGAAAUCAUUGAGACAGCUCAUCAGCAAAGCUGGUAAACAGCUUGGUGCAGUUAAAAUAUUUAGUAAAAAAUAUUUGAGAUGAUUAGAUGUAUUCUUUAAAGGCUGUUCAACCAUAUGGAGUCAUGUUAAUUUACUAACCAUUGAAGGGUAAGGUGGAACCACUAAAAGCAGUGGGCAUGAUGAAUGUGAUGCCACAAACUGAUUUGAUUAAAAAAGUUGACUGAAUUAUGGAAAUGUGCUAACUAGCUUUAGCUACCUGUGUGUAGGCUACAUUGUUUUACGUAGUUUUCAUUUUCUUGAAUACUUUUUUUCUGUACACUGGUGGAAAAGUCAAAUUAUGUGUAAGUCACCAUUUUAUUAAGUUAAAAUAGCAGGUUAAAACCGGUCAUGGUGCAGAUUCCUCAGGAUUUCCUGAAAUUUAUUAAAAAGGUCCAUCAUUUCAGAUAUUGUCAGCCAGCAGAUCAUGUCAGAAGUGUUUUAUUUAGCCGUGCUGUUGCCUUUGGCUUCUUUGUUUGGACUGCAUCAAACACUUUCCUUCAUUCAGGUUUUGCUUGUUUUUCUGUUAAGAUUUGAUGAGUCUUGCCCCUAGAGCAUUUGCAUUUAUCGAGACGAUGUUCGUAAUCUGAAUAAUGUGAAUCAGAUUGAUUUAUGUUGGUGGAGUCAUGCACAUUUUGAGCUUCUGAGUCAGGAUCAGAUGCUGUGUGAGACGCAGUCUUCGUGAAGGCCUAUGUUUGUUUCUCCAACCAAAUGAUGUGAUGAGUUCUUGAGUUUAGCUGCAUAGAUGCUCUGCAAACAGCUUUGGGUCUUCGUCUCAAGCCCCACUAUUUAUUUGUUCUGUAGAUUUGUGAAAUUUUUGAUGUGAGUUGCUGUAAAUGUAUUUUUCUAUUGCCUCUUGUGUUCUAGAAAAUGGUUUGCACAGAAUUUAUGCAAUGGAUUUUUUUCAUCAUUGAAGUUGUCAGUGCCUGUAAAAAAUUCUAAACUUUAUUUUUUUAAAUUCCACCUUAACUGAUGUGAAGUGUUCCUCUUUAACAACAUUGGGAAACAGAUUCCAACAUUAUCAUUUGAUUCAAUAAAACUGCAGCUGAUCUUCUAAUCAAGUUGGCUCCCUUACAAUAAACUCCACCACCAUCUUUCAAAGUCAAAAUGUAAGGACACUUUUAUUAGAUGUAUUUGUAAUAACCUUUCUCUUAUGUAAAUGUGUUUUUUUCUUCCUGAACCUUUUUUGCACAUUUUGAUUUGAUGUAAACUGCAGCGUGUAAAUAAAUUGUCAAUAAAAAUUGACUUAUGAAAGUGCAA